AGAUUCAAAACAUUCAGUACAAGGAGUUUCAGUAUUUCCAGCAUUUUUGCCAAGCGCAUUUAAUGGACGACGGAAUAUAAUACAUAGAUAUAUAAGACACUACAGCAGAUGGUGAAGAUUACAAAAAUCUCAUUUCCAGAAAAUGUAAAGCUUGCAUUCGAUUCGUUUUAAAACAAAGGAAGCAAUAUGUUAACCUUUUUAUACGCAACUAGCGCUCGACGGGGAACGUUGUGUGCAGCACGGAUUUGAUUAAAGUGAAACAAUGUUGAGCCGACUUUACGAUUUACUCACAAGGCCCACUGAAGUUGUGGAAGUCUAUGGCUUACUGCCAUUUCAUGGCGCUAUGUGGCCCCUUGUAAUUGUGAACGUCUUCUUUGUCGUUUUCGCCUUCCGCCUUGGACCCUGGCUGAUGCGCAACCGCGAGCCUUUCAAUCUCAAGCGCGUACUUAUGGUCUACAAUGUAUUUCAAAUUAUAUACAACGGCAUAAUGGUGGUUCUAAGUGUCAUCUUGCUAUCGCAUUAUGUGGCGUCGGGUGGACUAGCCUGCAUCCGGCCGAUGAGCAUGGAUCACCCGGCGAAAAAAUUUGAAAUAUUCUGCGCUCUAUUGUACAUCAGCAACAAGUUUAUCGAUUAUUUGGAGACGCUGUUCUUCAUACUGCGCAAAAGCUACAAGCAAGUAACGGUCCUGCACGUCUACCAUCACAUAAUGAUGACGACCUUCAUAUACAUGCACAUCAUUUUGCGUGGCGUCGGCGGUCAGGGAAGCACAAUUGGCAUGCUCAACGCACUCGUCCACGUCGUCAUGUACGUGUAUUAUCUGCUGAGCUCCAUCGAUACGGAACUGAAGAAGUCGCUGUGGUGGAAAAAGUACAUUACACAAUUGCAGCUGGUACAAUUCGCCAUUGACUUCGUCCAUCAGAUUUGGCCACUGGUGGUGGCGCGCGACUGUCCCGUAUCUACAGUUUGGCAAAUCAUUGCGGUGACACAGGCCGUGGUUAUGAUGUGGAUGUUCGGCAACUUCUACCUUAAGACCUAUAUUAGGAAGCGGAAUGACAAGAAGCUGACUGGAAAGCAAUCGUGAGCACGAUCUCCCAACUGGGCCGAACUCAGAUGUUGGUUUACCGACAGCCCAAUGCCUUGUAAUUAUUGGAUUUUUUUUGUGAUAUUGCAAUAAGUUAUAAUUUUUAAAAGUAAA